AUGACUAAUGGUAGCACUAUUACACAUUUUAUCUUGCUUGGUUUUCAGAGUUCUCCAGUUGUCCAGAAAAUCCUCUCAUGGAUCUUUUCUACUGCAUAUGUAAUUACAAUCUUGGAAAACACAGCUAUAAUUGUAAUUGUAAGAUGGAAUUCCAAACUCCAUAAGCCCAUGUAUUUCUUCCUCACAAAGUUAUCCUUUUUAGAGACAUUUUAUGUUACUGCCACUGUGCCUAAGCUUUUGAAUGAUCUUAUAAGUGGUUAUAAUCUUAUCUCUGUAUGUGGGUGCUUAUUGCAGCUAUAUUUUUUCCUGUCCUUGGCAUGCACAGAAUGUUUCUUGCUGGCUGCAAUGUCUUAUGAUCGAUAUCUUGCUAUUUGCAAUCCAUUACACUACAACAAUGUAAUGACCAACAGGACAUGUUGGAGCCUAGCCAGUACAAGUUUAUUUUUAGGUUUUCUUUCAUGUUCAUUCUCUAUAGGUCUUAUAGCUCAGCUAGACUUCUGUGGCCCCAAGGUCAUCAACCAUUACCUUUGUGACAUUUCACCAGUGAUCCAUCUUUCCUGUGAGGACAUCUCUAAAGUGGAGAUAGUGGAUUUUAUUACAGCAUUGUUUGUGUUAAUUAGCUCAUUGGUACCUAUAAUAUUAUCCUAUGUUUAUAUCAUAUCAACCAUACAGAAACUCCCAUCAGAGAAAGGUUGGACAAAAACUUUUAAUACUUGUGCCUCCCACCUUACAGUGGUGAUUCUAUUUUUUGGGACUACAAUAUUUAUGUAUGCAAGGCCUAAGGCUAUUGAUUCAUUUGAUUUCAACAAGAUUUUAUCUGUGUUGUACUCUAUCAUCAUUCCUAUGAUUAAUCCUAUGAUCUACACUCUAAGAAACAAUGAAAUUAAAAAGAGCCUGCUUAAAAUAUUUUUAACCGUUAAGUAUUUUUAG